GCACAACUAUAAUUCCCCCAAAGCCAAAAUCAGAAGCGCGCGUUGGUCUCACUACGAAAUUUGUUGAAAAUGGGCAAGCGAAAGGCGAAGGCAAAGCCGGCGCCUAAGAAGCGGAUGGAUAAGCUGGAUACUGUUUUCACUUGCCCCUUUUGCAACCAUGGUGACAGCGUCGAGUGCCGCAUUGACAUGAAGAACUUGAUUGGUGAAGCUAUAUGCAACAUUUGUCAAGAGAGCUUCAGCACAACCAUCACAGCUUUGACUGAAGCCAUAGACAUAUAUAGUGAAUGGAUAGACGAGUGCGAGCGUGUCAACACUGUUGAUGAUGAUGGUGCUUAAGAAGCUGAGGUUCAAGUUCAUUCAGCUUGUUGUAGGGGGAAGGAGAGAGGCUGGAAAGCUCUGUUCUUGAGUCAAUAAAGAGCAACUGGCCAGACCUUCAAGUGGUGGUUGUAAAAUGUAAACGCAGUAGUUUUGGAACCAACAUUUGUAGCCAUUUAUAAUCACCAAUUUACCAUGUUGUAUCAUUAGGUUUGUGAUGUAUGUAUUAUUGUAUUUGUGUAACCUAGUCUGAAUUUUAUGAUCUUGCUUAUAUAGUAAAAUAAACGCUCGACUAAGA